CUCUUUCUCUCUCCUGUUUGAUUCCUUCUUUCUUUUUUGUUGUUUAGAGAGAGAUUUGAGUGUCUUCCUUUUUUCUGUAUACCCAAAACCCAAAACAAGAAACUCUCAAACACUCCAAAUUCUUCCCUUUCUAUACUCAACCAAAUUACAACAUCCAAACCCUUCUCUUUUAAUUUCUUUUCCUCUCACUCAACACACAGAUCCAGCUACUUUUUUCCUUUUUUUUUUUUUUGUUGGUUUUGCAGGUCGGAUUAUAAUAUAUGGAGUUUCAAUUCUCGAUCCAACGACGACGAACAAGAACAAGAACAAGAACGAUUGUUAUGUGAUAUGGGAAUCGCUAAAGGUCCUUUAAUUUUGUCUAAUAAGCCAACCAAUUGUGCCAAUUCUUCUAUGUCCCACGAUUAUCAUCCUCAUCAAGGAAUCUUAGCCUUCUCUAAUCCCUUAGACAAAUCCAAUUCCCCUUCUCUCCCUCACCAGAUCCGCCGUGAUAAGCUUCGAGUCGACUCCUUCUCCGCCGAUCCACUCCCUCCGCCACCGCCUACGGUGGCUGGAAUCGACGAACAUCUCCACCAUCACCAUCACCAUCACCAACAGCAUCUUCACCAUGUCUAUGCUACCUCACCUACUGAGGGGACCAUGUUAUCAGACAUGUUCAAUUACCCUCCAACUCCCUCCGCUGCUCCCGCCUCCGUUGAAUUCUCCGACAAUUUUCGAACUUUACGCCAACCCAACUCGGCUUCCGCCAUGCAGCUUUUCUUGAUGAACCCUCCUCCGCCGCCACCACCACCACCACGAUCGCCCUCGCCACCUUCUACCUCCUCCACUCUCCACAUGCUCCUCCCGAAUCUACCGUCGGGUUCUCUUCAGGGUUUCGAAAGUGGUGGCGUUGGAGAUCAGACGGGGUUUGGCCAAUUUGCUGUCGCUGAAAAUCAAGGGCUUUCGCUCUCGCUUCACUCGUCGUCGUUACAACACUUGGAGGACGUCGGAGCCGGUGCGAAAGCGGAUGAAUUGCGAAUUAGAGAUGGUGGGAUGUUGUAUAAUUACAACAACAACAAUAAUCAAGUCCAUGGCGGAGGAGGAAAUGGAUCAAACUCCUCAAUUUUGCAAUAUUCUUUUAGGAAUAAUUCAGAGAAUUCUCCUCAUAGCUUUCAAAUGAAUCCAAACCAUCAAGUUCAAAUUGGAUUUGGGUCUUCUUUGGGAGUUGUAAAUCUUUUGAGGAAUUCAAAAUAUGUCAAAGCCGCUCAAGAAUUGCUCGAGGAAUUUUGCAGCGUUGGUCGGGUUCAGCUCAAGAAAAACAAGUCCAAUAUGAAGCAAAACCACAACAAUCCCGACACCGCCGCAGGCGGCGGUGGCGGUGGCGCGUCUUCGUCCUCCACAAAGGAUCAUCCUCCCUUAUCGGCUCCUGAUAGAAUUGAGCAUCAGCGGAGGAAGGUCAAACUAUUAUCCAUGCUUGAUGAGGUCGAACGCAGGUACAACUUAUACCGCGAGCAAAUGCAAAUGGUGGUGAACUCAUUUGACUUGGUGAUGGGGUUCGGAGCAGCAGCGCCAUACACAACGCUAACGCAGAAGGCGAUGUCAAGACACUUCCGGUGCUUAAAAGACGCCAUAACCGAGCAGUUAAAGCAGAGCUACGAGGCAUUGGGGGAGAAAGGUGGAAAUGGAGGCUCGGGAAUAACUAAAGGAGAGACACCAAGAUUGAAGCUUCUGGAACAAAGCCUCCGCCAGCAAAGGGCUUUCCAUCAAAUGGGUAUGAUGGAACAAGAAGCUUGGAGGCCACAGCGUGGCCUCCCUGAACGAUCUGUCAACAUCCUUAGAGCUUGGCUGUUCGAGCAUUUUCUUCACCCGUACCCCAGCGACGCAGACAAGCUCCUGUUAGCUCGGCAGACUGGUUUGUCCAGAAAUCAGGUUUCAAAUUGGUUCAUUAAUGCAAGAGUUCGUUUGUGGAAACCCAUGGUAGAAGAAAUGUACCAAAUUGAAGGCAAGGACGAAACAGAUCACUCUCAUCAACAACAGCCAUCAAAAGACGAUGACGACGACACCACAGACAAUAAGAUCCAAAACAGUGCCAUAAAUGCACAAAAUCCAACUCCCACCACCGCCACCACUUCCUCCAUUCCACCGCCGUCUACCACCAUUGCAGAGGAAGGUGCGGCGGGGUUCACGGCGACCCAUGAUCAAUUCUCGGAGCUGCAUGAUGUGUGGCGACAUGGAAGCGGACAACAUUAUGGGACCAUGUCUGAGGAUGCCAGAGCAGCGACUGACGUAAGUAAUGGUCCAACACUUAUAAGGUUUGGAACCAGUGGUACGACAACCGGUGACGUGUCACUCACUUUAGGUCUCCGCCACGCCGGUAACACUUCCGCCGCCACUAUGGAUAACCCUUCUUUCUCGCUCAGAGACUUUGGUCACUCUUAGAAAUUAAUUAGAACUUCCCGCCCAUUAUAUGGAUAAUGAUCAACAAAUCAAAAUAUAAUCACCCAUUUUUAUUUUUAUUUUUAUUUUUAUUUUUGCCUCUUUUAAUAGAAAAAUUAAUUAAUGUAUAAUGGUCGAAUCUCUAUGUACGUACAAAGCUUCAUUUGUGUAAUUAGGGCUUUGUUUUGUGGGGUUGAUUA